AUGAAGCUCCUUUUGCUGACUCUGGCUGCCCUCCUGCUCUUGUCCCAGCUCACUCCAGGCGGCACCCAAAAAUGCUGGAAUCUUCACGGCAGAUGCCGUCAGAAAUGCUCCAGGAGAGAAAGGGUUUAUGUUUACUGCACCAAUAAUAAACUGUGCUGUGUGAAGCCCAAGUUCCAGCCAAGAGAAAAGCUAUGGCCAUUUUAA